AUGCUUUCGGCAAUAGGAAAACAGAGGACAUCCAAAGUUCUAGCCACUGCCUUCCUUCUGGCAAUAGCGCUGUCAUUAUGGCUGCUCUAUCACCCUGAUCUUGGGUCCUCUACACAUAUACUACGCCCUGUACAUGAAAGACCAGCAACGAUAGACACCAGCGACACGGCAUCUGUCACAGCGGACAUUGUACACUACUUUACCAGUCAUCCUCUCGGGCCGCCAUAUAAGGAUGUCUUCGGCGAGUUGGGCGAAAGAUGUCGAAUAUUGGACGACUGGAUCGUCCUGGCAGACACAACUAAUGACGCCUCGAGAAGGAACAUGUUGUCAGCUGCUAUCGAGAAGACGGCAGCGCAGCACUUCCCCUUCCUGAAGAACCCGGGACACCUGACGAGCAAGGCUCCCCUAUCGGAACUACGCAGGUCCUUCACACCGGGCUCAGCCGGCAUCGUCAUCCCAACGAGCGAAGGCACGCUGCGCUUCGCGGCUCACCUGGUCGUUUCCCUCCGAUCAGUCCUCCACUCGAACCUACCAAUCCAAAUCACCUACGCCAGCGACAAUGAUCUCUCCGCGCAGAGCAGAUCCUACCUCCAGUCUCUAGUCGAGUCCGGCCCGCCACUCGAGUUCCUCGACAUCACCACCGUCUUCGACGACGCCUCCCUGGACCUCCAGCACGGCUCCUGGGCCAUCAAGCCCUUCGCGGCCCUGGCCUCGCGCUUCGAGCGCGUCAUCCUCCUCGACGCAGACGCCGUGUUCCUGCAGCCGCCCGAGGUCCUGUUCGAGCACGGCGCCUUCCGCGCCGCCGGCGCGGGAGCCCUGCUCUUCCACGACCGUCUGCUGUGGCAGCACGCCUUCGCGGAGCGCCACGAGUGGUGGAGGAGCCAGGUCCGGCGGCCGCCGAGCGCGGCGCUCAACAGGUCCAGGGUCUGGACGGAGGACUACGCCGAGGAGGGUGACUCGGGCGCCGUCGUCGUCGACAAGUCGCGCGCGGACGUCCUCGUCGGGCUGCUGCACGUCUGCUGGCAGAACACCAGGGCCGUGCGCGAGGAGGCCACGUACAGGAUGACGUACGGCGACAAGGAGAGCUGGUGGUUCGGGUUAGAGCUGGCGGGCGCGCGGUACGAGUUCGAAGAGCACUAUGCUGCUGUUGUGGGCUGGUUGGAGGGCGAGGAGGUGUGCAGCUUUGUCAUUGCCCACGUGGAUGAGCAGGAUCGGCUGUUGUGGUAUAAUGGGAGCUUACUGAAGAACAAGGGUAGGGAGGAGAUGAAACAUGAGUAUGAGGUUCCGGUGUAUUGGAUGGUGGAUGGGGAGUGGCGGAAAGGGGCUACAAAACAGGAUAUGAGCUGUAUGGCGAAGGGAGAGCCGAGGAGGCUAUCAGGGGACGAGAGAAGCAUUCUGGAGGCCAUGAUUGAGAGGGCACGAAAGAUAGAUCAAGGGCUGCAUCUAAGAUAG